UUUGCAAGGGCAGCUACUGCCACAAUAUUUCAACUGGUGUAAAUAACAUCAUAUUUCCCAAAGCUCAUUGCAAGUAGCAAUUUGCAACUUGCAACAAAACACAAGAUGCGACACUGGGCGGCACUGCUGGGCAUCUUUGCUGUCAGCGGACUGAGUGUCGAGACAGUCAGUCACGCGACCUUCGCGCUGUGGCCUCAGUACAUCGAUGCGACACUUUCUCUCUCGGUAGAUACAGGUGGCGCGUCGGUCGUCGAAUCCUCACGUGGAGGAGCUCUCGGCAUGUUAAAUGUGAAGAUGGACACCCAAUUGGAGACACCCCUUGACCCCUUGAUCGAUACAAUUGAGAUCACAUGGAUUCCAGCUACAAAUAUCGAGAGCUCGACAUUUGAUCACUUUUUGGCAAGCUCGUCACGGUUCGAUAGGAUGAGUGCUGUUGGUAUUCAUCUGCAAGUCAGGCUACGAGAAGAAGCUGAUUGGAGUGCAAUUAACGCGACGCAUCACGAACGCAUCGAGAAUAAUGUCCGUGGAAUCUUGCAGAACACUAUACCUUCACUUGAAAUCCUCCCAAGUUUGUCGAGAGGUUUCUUGGCCAAGUCUUUGUGUGAUUUCCGCGCAUGGAAAACAAGUAACCCACUUGACGAGAUUCUUCGCCAACCUGCUGUCGCAUCAUCGAGUCGCUGCUACUCUUCCUCCUUUCCUUUCUCGCCAAAGAGCAAGGAUACGUCAUUUUACAGCAGGAUUAUUCGUGCGGCAGACGAGAAUUCAGUUGAUUUUACGACGACCGAGCGAACUCUAUUGGAAGCGCAGCAUGACCUACAUGAUGGCCAGCGCGACCUAAAGCUGGCACUUAUGACAUUUAGUCGCAGUUCAGCAUCUGCGACUAUCGACGCAGAGUAUUUGGAGGCGUGGAUUACGAGACCGUCAAGUCCAGAUGAAUCUUUCAGAGCUGUUCUCCCAAUUGGCAAGAGUAAGAGUGACGUUCUAGUUGUGACGUCGACUGCUAGGGACUUAGAUUUUGACAAACUCGAGCUCAUUUGGCUCCAGCGAGAUGGCAAGCGAGUUGUGCCUACAUCUUCUCCUUCUAUCCUCGAGAUCCGCGCCCCAAAGACUACCAUAGCGGCCUCGCUGCAAGCAGCUAUCACUGGGGAAGGAUUUCAUCGCCGAUACGUCAUGGAUGUAGAGAUCCUUGAAACUGGGAUCUGUAGCGCACCUUCCGAGAGCAAAACGAUCCUCAUGCGUGUGCCAAUUUCAAACACUGCGUAUAUCGACUUGGACGAGAUCCGGGUGAGCUCAAGCAGUCGGCAACAUGAGAUGUGAUGCAUGGUUCUAACGUGUUUUGUGUCGAUGGUGUUCAUAGAGAAUGGAGCGCUUUGGUGAGCUGAAGCUUCUGUCGUUUACGAAGCACAUCGAGAUCGAGCGACCUUCACCUGUUUCCUCGCAGCAUGUUGUUGGUCUCGAGUUUACGAUGUUCGUGUCCAUUACUCUUGCUAGGUGGUUGUAUAAUAAUGCCGUGGUAUUUACUUACGUUUCAAUGACGUGUUAAUAGGCCAUCAACGAACCAAUCGCACAUUGAAUUCCCGAUUCACUUUCGAUACCAAGCCCCGUCAGAGAGCGAAUUGUACCGUCAAGCACCUGUCAUCGCUCCAGACAUUUUCUUGUUUUGCCGGGAUGGAGACCAUGGUCCUAAGAAAAAGCUAAAAUCGUCAGACGAUGAUGAUGUACGAAACUACCUUCAGACAUGGGGCAUCUCUGAUCAAGGACGUUCGUGCAGUGGCAGCCACUGGCUUCGCCUCGCCGCAGUAUCCCCUCUUCCAAUAAUGACAGUACUCACACCUGUCGGCUACCUUCCUUCAAGAUGGCUUGUGAGCUCCAUGACACUAUGUUUUGCAACUAUGGGUGCGGUAAUACUUGUCUGGGUUUCUGUCGGCGUGGCGAAAAGAACCCUGCGUGCUUCUGCUGGUGCUGACUGGAAAGGGAAAACUGACUAAGCUGAGAGUCUCAAUACUGAAUGUUUGGUCGUUAGACACUACAGUAGUGAACAUGUUCAAACAAACGUCGAUAUGAAUCAUACUGUACGUUGUUCAUCAAUACAUAAGCUUCCAGAUUGUCCAAUUUGUCCUCAGCUGCUGUAGGUUUCUUCAGUCAGUAGCCGAA